AAGAGAUAUUGAGGGUGGACCGUUUCUUCUCCCUCUUCUCUUUCUCUAUAAGUACGGUCCCUCUCCCCUCUCCUUCUUCACGCUCACACGCAACUCUUCACUUCUCCUGCCUUUACCCCUUCCGAAUCAUCCUCUCUUCUUCCCAAGACCUUUACUCUCUCUCACCAUGAAGAAGACAAUCUCCAAGGUUUCCAAGAUCUUCAACGGCGGCAAGAAAUCCAAGGAGGACGAGAAUGUUUCCUCCAUCACUCCUGUGCAAUUGGGGGAGAUGAGGGGAGUCAUUCCUCCUGAUUAUGGCAUCCAAGAAGCCACGGGUACUACUUUGGAGCGCAAUCCUGACAUCUCCCGCCGAUUGGUUGUCCACUACGACUCGGUUAGGAUGGGAUGUCGCUUUCCUCUCCAUCCCCUCUUGAUUGAACUUUGCAACCGCUACGCCAUACCUCCCGGCCAGAUCUCCUCGAACUCCCACGAGAGUCUCUUUGGCUUCUUGGCGCGGUGUCACAAGCGAAGCAUUCAACCCACUCUUGAGCUCUUCUUCUCUUUCUUCUGCCCGCACAAGUACGAUAGUGAGUCGGGCCGGGGGUACGUGAGUUUCACGGCUCGGACCGAUAUGCAGUUUUUGGACAGCCCCGCUGACAAACUUGAUGACUGGUUCCGCCGCUUCUUCGUGGUGGUAGUCCCGAAGGACCUCCCUUUCCCCAAUGUGUGGCGAAAGAAGGAAGACAAAUUUCCUUCCCAUACUUUUCUUACACGUGAUUUGGAGCUCGAUCGGAUCUAUCGUCUCCUCCUUAAGAACGGCUAUUCGGUUCCCCGAGCGCUUCUCUUCAAGGAUUCGCACUUCCGGGGUCUCGGAUAUUGGGUGUCUCCUGAUAUUCCUUCUCAAGAGCCGUCGGGAAAUACCACUUCUUCUUGGGUUCCUCCUUUUAGGAGGACCCGACUCUGCCAGCGAUCCUCUCGAAGGGAUCCCUCUCCGGAGGAGGACAUCGAUGGCGAAGAGGCUGGGCCCGCGACUGGGACCCAACCUAUGCUACUCGCUGACCGCCCUCAUCUUUCGGAAGAGGUGGUGGUCGAGGACGCGUCCGACGAUGAUGGCCUCUAUGACUUCCCUCCGGGGACCUUGAGGGGAUCCGGUCUUAUCCCCGGUGUUCCCCAUAUUCCUCUUUUUGGCAGGGGGACUUCUCCUUCUGCCCAAUUCAUGGGCCCGUUGGGUUUCCAUCCUCAACCCAGUGGGACCAUGCCCAUUGGGCGCACCACCGGUUCACAAGGGUCCCUUGAACCGCCACAUGUCCAGGUGGCCGGGAUUGGGAUUCCGUGCAGCACUGAAUCUCCAUGGGAAUAUUCCCCCUCCUCCGGCUGCGGGGGGAAUGAGGCAAUUUCCGAGCCCCCACCGUCCUCUGCCCUGAAUUUUGCAGAGUCAGCGGCGGAGAGCAUUUUUGGGACGCCCCUUGGUCAAGGCGGUGUUCCUCUCCCUAGAGCGAAUAUCCAUCGAUCUUUUAGGGAGACGGAGGAGUUAAUUCGGUCCUCCAGUUUUGGGAAGGCUAUUGUCCCCUCAUCCGUCCGUCCCACUGUUGUUCCCGGUCCGUCAACUCAGGAGACUGGGUCUUCUUCUUCUUCUCAGGCCCAUCAUAAGAGGGGCCGGAAUUCCACUCCUCUCCCAAGGUCUUUAGUGUCCGCCGGUCCUUCCACGGGGACCGCUGAUCACUUCUUUGGGACCGCUGGCGAUGGGUCCCCUACCGGGCAAGGGAGUCAGCCCUUUCCUUAUGCCCGGGAGGCCUAUCAGUACACAGGGUACACAGCUUGGGUUGGACGGGAUUUCAACAGCAAGCUUCAAGGGAUACAACAGCUUAAAAGGGACCAUCCAGAUGUGAUUCACAGCCCAGUCUGGCCGUUUAUGCAGGAGGAGUAUACUCGUAUGGCCGAUUACGUCGCCACUUCCUCUGCUCAGCGCCACUCCCUUCGCUUAUUGGACCGCAAUGUUGCUUUAUCAAGGGAGCUGAGGGAUUUCAAAUCUCGGCACUCUAUUUGUGUCGAGCGCCCGGAAUAUGAUCGGGUUUUGUCGGAGAAUGAUCAGCUCUAUUCUGACCGCGAGCGGCUUUCGGCCAAGGUUGGACAGCGUGAGGAAUCUCUGAGGAGAGACUUGGAACGGCAAGCCAGAGAGCGGGAGGUCCAAUUUCGAGAGGAGGCCGAACUUCACCGGAAGAGAUCCGAGGAGGAGCUGGAGCGAACGUGGCGUCGCCGAUCCGAGGAAGAAGCAAGGAGGGCGGCGGAAGAGGUUGAGCAGAGGUGGCGCCUCCAGCACGAGGAAACCGAACGUCGACUUUCUCAACGGGUUGACGAGCUAAACCUAACCCUUAUGGAGGAGAGGCGCUCAGCCCGGAGUUCGCUUGAUGAGGCCCGCCGCUCUCUCGAGAAUGAACGUCUUACAUAUGAGGGGCAUAUGGCUCGAAUGGAGGCCGAUCGCAUCUCAGACUACGGUAAAGGUUUCUACCGUGGAGGAUUGGAAGUCCAGCAGAAGUUUUAUCAUGGCCUGGAGCCCUAUUCUGAUGGGCAAGAUCCUUGGCUGAAGUUCUCAGGCAUCCCUGGACCCAUGGGACCAGAGCCCUCUUUUCUCCACUCCCCUCCCCCAUCUUGAAUCGUUGCAGUUUGUUUAGGAACGGUCCUCCUGUGUUCUUCUUGUAUUAAUUUCUGUUUAUCGUUGUAAGGACUUGUCCGUUUG